GUCUCGCGAUGUUUCAGAAAAGGAAGUCUGGAGUGAUUUCCGCUGGCAGUCGGGUCCUGGAAGUGUGAGCUAAUUACCGGUUUCGCAGAGGUCCUGAUCCGACAACUCUGGGCGCCAUGGACCCAUUCCUGGUGUUGCUGCACUCUUUGUCGACCGGCCUGUCGAACAGCGAGCUGACCGAGCUCAAGUUCUUAUGCCACAAACUCGUGAGCAAGAGGAAGCUGGAGCGUAUACAUUGUGGCCUCGACCUCUUCUUGGUGCUGCUAGAGCAGAACGAGUUGGAACGCCAGCGCACCCAGCUGCUGCGCGAGCUGCUGACCUCCCUGCGGCGCGUCGACCUGCUGCAGCGCCUAGACGACUUCGAGGCGGGUGCGACCGCGGGGGCCUCGCCGGAGGAGGCAGGCCUGCGUGCAGCAUUUGACAUCAUCUGCGAUAAUGUGGGACGAGACUGGAGAAGACUGGCCCGUCAGCUUAAUGUUUCUGACACCAAGAUUGAUGCAAUUGAGGAACAAUACCCCCGCAACCUGGCAGAACGUGUGAGGGAGUCGCUGAGGAUCUGGAAGAACUUGGAGAAGGAGAACGCAACUGUGACCCACCUGGUGCAGGUGCUCAGGGACUGCAAGAUGAACCUGGUGGCCGAUCUCGUGGAGGAGAAGCAGCAGGCCCAGGAGUCCCAAAAUAAGAUCCAAAGCAUGUCCCCAAUGACAUGAGAAUCAGAUGCAUCUUCCUGAAAGGAGCCUUCAUAACCCCACCACUCCUCUGGAGGACACGUCCACUUGGUGCUGUCCACUGAGAACAGCCCAGUGUCUUUGGUGCCCAGUACUAUAAAGACCCCAAGAAGCCAGGCAGAGGGCCUUGCUUUUGUGGCUGCAGCCCCAUCACUUCUAAGUAAAAAUUGAGUUUACUGAGCAUCCAUGAGGCUGGGGUUUGGGCACUGUACAGAGAUACUCCCAUAUUUUCCUUACUGUCGCCCUAGGACAGGGGUUCUGUCACCUUUGUUCAGUAAGCACCUGCAGGAGAAGGUUGCACCUGAGGAACACCUAGAAGGAAACUUUGACCUUGGUGGUCGUCACUGUCACCUCUGCAGGUGAUGGAGAGCAGGAGGGUGUCGAAGGAAGACAGCACAUCUGGCUCUAAGCCCACACUUCUAACCACUGUCCUGCUGCUGCCUCCACAUCAGGGUAGAUCUGGACACCAGAGCCAAGUGGCAUCCUGCCUCGGAGUCCAAACACCCACACACCCUCUGGGCGCUGGGUGAGCAGAGUCUGCAAGGCCGGCGUCUUGGUGCAGACCUGUAAUCGCAGCACUUGCAAGGCUGAGGCAGAAGGAUUGUUGCGAGAUUGAGACCAUCCUGGGCUACAAAGUGAGUUCGUGGCCAGCCUGAACUGCAUAGUGAGACCCUGUCUCAGAUGACCAAAGAAAAACCUGACAGGAGGGACAGUGGUAGCUGUUGGGACAGAUUGACGGAAGGCCUCAGAAUUUCUCAAGUGGCUGUGCAGGCAGCACUCAGGAAAUGCUCUUACAAGAAGGUGAUUGUUACAACUGUGCAAUUUACCAUUUUGUAUCAAAAUCACUGUGAUGACAACGAGCAAGAGAACAGGAUCCUGUAAAGGGAGAAACCAGCCCUGCCUGUGAUCUGUUGAACAAGUGCCCUUCUGCUGGAAACUCACUCACAGUUCCUCGUCCUUUGGAGGACACUUGACCUUGCGCCUUCCCUGGAAUCGCAGCAUAGCACUGCCAGUCCACCGUGCGCUCACCUGUGAGUGGGUGGCGCUCUCCGCUAAAGAGCACUGACCGCGAGCAGAGGGUGGGUAGCAGGAGGGCAGCUGUGCCCUGUGGGAUCUGCCUGCCUCUGACAAGCGCAGAACCAAAGCCAAGCAGCUGCAUUUUUGUCCCAGCUUCCUAGCUGUGAAUGUAAAAAAAGCCGUAUGUGCCAUGCUGUGCUACCUUAACUGGAUUAUCAAGUCCUUAGUUAAGGUCCUGAGGUGCACUGUCCCACUGAACUGUGGCUCUGGCCUUUGAAAAGCUCCUCUGUGGCUUCCUGGCUACUCUUUCCAGUGGAGGAGCAGGAGUCCGGAGCAGAACUGGGCUCCACCCGGCCUCCCUUGCCCUCAGAGGCACCCAGCAGGAAGCUUGGAGGUUGAGAUGCCGUCAUUCCCAGAGUCGGAAGUCCUCUGUCUCUCUGCGGGACCACACCAUUGUCCAUCCUGGGAUGGGCAGGAGGGGGACCAGCUCCUGGCAGCAAAGCUGAGAGCACCAUAAUGUAGGACCACGCAACACAGGAAACCACCCCGAAAGGGGAACCCAGAGCCAAACAGGCAUCCGUCACUGGGCCUCGGUUUCUUCACAGAGCAGCCGCUGUCAAGGCACUGCAGGUGCGGAGGAUCUGACCGAGCAGGACAGCAGCCUGCCCUCGGGAGCUUGGGGUGCCCCCACUUAGUAAGAAUAGAAGGGAAAAGGCAGGAGUGCUCACAAAGCACUGAGCUGAUGAUGGCGGCGGGUAGUUAAUAAUGAGAAUUAUGUCCUGGAUGGUGAACUUUGCCUGUGCUUUCUGAGAUGCAUUUUUCAGGGAGUUUUGUUGUUGUUUUGAGACAAAGUCUUGUUACAUAGUUCAG